UUUGACAUGGACGGUCUUCUUCUUGGUAACCCAUCGUAGAUAGCUUUAGUCAUAUUAAUACCAUACAUUGCUAGGGAGUCGAACACAAUUCGUACAUCUGUGCUGGCGUACAGUCAUCAGGAUUCGGGAUACAGUUACACAGAGAGGCUGUAUGCCUUGACGUCUGAGAUUGUGGCGUCAGUCUACGGCAAGUCGUAUACCUGGGAGGUCCAGGCAAAGGAAAUGGGCUGUAUGCAGAUGGUUGGUGCACAAAUUGUCAUAGAUGCGGAGACUCUGUACACCGAGGCAACACAAGCCGUUGUGGGAGUGUACGGGAAAACAUUCACCUGGCAAAUUAAGUGUAGACAGAUGGGAAGAAACCAGAAGGACAGUGCCAAGAUUAUCAUAGAUGCGCUCGAUCUUCCACUGACUCCUGAGGAGUACAUUAACAAGUGUAUAGAGCAGUAUAAUAUACUGUUUCCGACCGUUGAUCUUCUGCCAGGAGCAGAGAAGCUAAUUCGUCAUCUUCAUAAACACCACAUUCCUAUGGCGAUCGCGACGGGCUCCACGAAGUACAACUACGACCUGAAAACGACCAAACACAAGGAACUGUUCAGUGUCUUUGAUCACGUCGUUCUCAGUAGCGACGACCCAGAGGUCAAACACGGGAAACCAGCACCCGACUGUUUCCUUGUCUGUGCCAGACGAUUCCGGGACAGUCCGGCCCCAGAAAAGGUGUUGGUAUUUGAAGAUGCCCCCAACGGAGUGGACGCUGGUCACGCAGCCGGGAUGCAAGUCGUGUGGAUACCGGACGAACGCGCAGAACUAGACGGCCACAAACACAAGACUGCGGUGAUCCUCAAAUCACUGGAGGAAUUUAAACCAGAAGAGUUUGGACUUCCUCCUUAUGACAGUUGAUAGUAGCGACCUUUAGACGCAAAAAUUAUAGGGGAAGAUAACAUUGUCUGAUCAGAGAAUUUGUUCUGUGAUGCACUCACAUUCCAAAUUCAGCAUUUAUUCAUCCCAUUUUCAUUACUGAUUUUGCAAUAUAUACAAAUUCAUUUUUUUAAUUUUAGUAUUUAGUCAACGAUUCAAACACUAAGGUCAGAAUUUACAAAGCCCGUUUAUAUCAUACAUGUGUGUAACUACAUAUUUAAAAUGUUUAAACACCUGCGUUAAGAAAAUCAAGCUUUGUAAAUUCAGCCCAUAGUGUUAGGUACCACAAUCAGUUUUAAUGUUGUACUCAAAACUACGCAUAGCAUUUUUAAAUUACCAUAAUGGGUUUGUAGUGGGAGGGAGAGGCAGUCGAUCAGACAAUAAAUACCAACUUGAGCUUGCAGUUAAAGGGACAUUCCCGAGUUUGCGGCAUUGUAAGAUGUUUCCGACUAAUAAAAUAUUUCUAUGAUUAAACUUACAUAUUAAAUAUAUUUUCUUGUUUAGAAUAUCGGUGUCUCUAUAUUCAA